AUGAAUUCAAAAAUUAAAGGAAUAACGGAUGAUAUAACAUCAAUUCCACCAGAAGAACAAAGAUAUUACGCAUUAAAUGCAUUUCCUAAAGUUUUGAAGAUUGGAAGAUUUAAUUUAAAUGAGGAAUUCAUAGAAGGUUUCCUAAAUGACAUAAUGAAGAAGGCAGAUAAGGAAUAUGUGGAUAGUGAGUUAAUGAAGAAGGCAAAUUUGGUUUAUGUGGUAAGUGAAUUAAUGAAGAAGGCAGAUAAGGAAUAUGUGGUAAGUGAAUUAAUGAAGAAGGCAGAUAAGGAAUAUGUGGUAAGUGAAUUAAUGAAGAAAGCAGAUAAGGGACUUGUGGCUAGUGUGUUAAUGAAGAAAGCAGAUAAGGAAUAUGUUAAUGAAAAAGAUAAUGAAAUUAUAGAAAGGGUUGACUGGUACCAUGAACGGACAUCGAAGAUUUUAAAAACUAAAGCUGAUACAGGAUGGGUUUCAGAAUGUUUAGACCUUAAAGCGGAUAAAACUUAUGUUAACGAUGAGUUAGAGAAGAAAGCAAAUAAGACUCAUACACAUACAAGUUUUACAACUGUUGCUAUAGAAAGUAUUGAAGGAACGGUUGACGUAACUGGUGGUGAUGAAUUAUAUUGUAAACCUCCUAACUUUCCACAAGGUUUAACAUCGGAUGACGACAUAACGACGAUGAGAAACAUUAGAUGUAAAGAUGUUUAUGUCAUGAAGGAUGAACAUAAUAUUAAAUUCACUGCUCAAGAUUUAUAUGACAAGAAAGCAGAUAAAACAGAGCUUCAAACAUUAAAGACAGAAAUACUUCAAACAUUAUAUCCUAUAGGCUCUAUUUAUACGUCAAUGAACUCAACAAAUCCAGAAGUAGUACUUG